UCAAAUUGUUGAAGCUCGUUUGUCAAACGAAAUGAUGCGUUACAGAGUUGAACAGUUGGAAAGAGACUCAAUUCAUUCGCAAAUUCGUGCUUUGCAACAAAAUAAUGCAACUCUUCUGACACAAAUACAACAAACUAAUGCAACUCUUCAGACACAAAUUCAACAGGGUUCAUCAAAUUAUACCGCUAAUGCUGGUAUUAUUAUUGCAGCUAUUUCAGUAGUGGCAACUACUGUGUUCGGGUUAGGAGGUAUUAUAUUAACUAUUUAUCUAUCUAAGAAAAGUUAGAUGUCUUUAGUUAUGAUUUGUUGAAAUUUUAAAAUGUUUUUGAUGUUAAAUAUGUUUUUUGUUGGGCCUUACUUUAAAAGGAUAAUUUUUAGAAAAGUUUGAAAAUUUAAUAUUUUUUGGUUAUUUUUUUCGACCUAAUUAUUUGGGUUUUUCAGUUCCAAAAUAUCUUAAUGCCAUUUAAGCUUGGUAUCAAAUUUUCUAAUUUUAUUGUACUUGUAUAUCCCGUACCGAUUUAUCUGGACAUUGCUAUUAUUAUUCUGAAUCCUCCGUCCUACUAAACCUAAAAAUAUCCUUUUCUUUAAAAUAAGGCCUAAUUUUAUUUUUGUUUUGAGAGUGAUAUUGACUUUUGAUUUUUGUUAUACAUUUGUUGCAGGUUAUUUUUGUUUAUCUCUCUCUCUCUCUCUCGGUUAUAAUCGUGCCUUUAAAAUAUCUCUCAUUUUAAUUUAUAAAAAAUUUCAAUUUUCUUUAAUUUAUUU